AUGCUUCAUAUUGAUAAUAAUAAUAAUAAUAAUAAUAAUAAUAAUAAUAAUAAUAAUAAUAGUAAUAAUAAUGUACUCAGUACAUAUAUAAACACCAUUUUUCUAACUACUUUAAUUUCCAAAAACAUGUUCCUGUUCAUUGCGUUGAUGAUAGUUCUUGGUUCAUUUAUGCACAAUACAUAUGUGGAGGUUGAUGGGUAAGUUCAUCUCAUUUGGAUUUCGACCUAACUACCAAUUAUCUUCGUAUUAGAUUUAAGCUCGAAUUUAUUCUUAAAUGAUAGAUGAUAUGUAACUAAGUAUAAUCAGUAGUAUAUUAACCUAUUUAAGAUAUAAGAUUUUAAUGAAUAUGCAAAACUAUAUAUAAUAAGCUAGUUCUUUAACAAAUAACAUUUUAUCUCUACUCAUAAACUUUGUUUAUCUUCAACUCUUCACUGUAAUGUUAAAAAGUUUCAUUAAAAUUACUCAUUAUUAGUUGUAAAUCAUCACAAAAUUUCCUUCAAUUAUCUACUACAGACUAAAUAUCAGUUGUCGAAUUACACUAAUGACUGAGGAAUUCGGUAUCCUGUUUUUGAGUUCAUCUUUUGUAUCUGCCAGUAAAGUAAAUUUAUUAUUGAUUUCUUAAUUAACAAAUAUAAAUAUUAUUUUGCUAGACGAUUGUCUGUGAACGCCGGGUGAGUAAUUUGAUGUUCCUAAUAGGGUUCUUUGUACAAUGACCAUUAUAUGCAUAUAGAAGGGUGUAAGCGUCAAUAAUGAAAUAAAUGUGUACUACUUGGAACACUAUUAACUUACGGCUAUAUCUAUUUCUGAAUUAUAUAUGCAAAGAUUUCAUAUGUAAAUAUCGAUGGAUCGAACUCAGUUGACAAGAUCACAUUUGAUGAUCAGAUGAAAGAUGCUUUAUGGUAAUAAUGUUUCAAUAGCUGAAAAGUUUGUAUAGAAUACAAAUUUACCAAAAUAAACUCGAAUAUUACCGUUGAGCAUGAAUGAUGUGAUUUAUUUGGGAUUGUUUAGUCACGUUAUUAGUGAAUGGUUACUAUGCCUGAGAUUUGAUCAUCAAUAGCAUUUACUACUUAUUUUAGUCCAAGACUGUUUGACCAAGUGGUACGUUUGUAUGGUAGAAUUUUAUUGUCGUAAUUUAAGUCAUGAAAUCCUUAUGUAAACAGAACUUUCAAAUACGAGAACACAAUAUUUGACUACCAUUGAAAAAACAUUUAUUUAUUUAUUUGAACAAAUAGACAUUGUUACAAAGGGGCAUCGAAUACAUAUGCAUCACACAAUUCACUUGUGAAACUACACCGGAUGCCAAGCUGAAGUAUUCAGACUUCUCUCACAGUUAGUUGUACAACGGUAUUUGAAAGCUUUCUAGUACAUUUCAGAAUUUAUUUUAACACCACGAAUAAUUAAUUUUUUGAUACGAUGGAAGUUAUCCAAUCAAAAUGUUUUCACGGACGAUUUAGGUAAAUUUAAUCUACACUCAAUAUGAAAUGGUUAUUUGAGAGCUUUAUUCAGAUAAAGUGUGUGGAAAACCACUCAACUUAUGAUGGUGGAGAUUGUAGUUGUGAGAAUCUCAAUUAACUAACGAUUUCACUCGAUAGUCUGAAUCAUUCUAUUUCAAGAGAAAUGGAUGAGGAACGAACUCAUCUUUUAUGAAUCAACAGUUCAUAAAUUUCCCGUGUACUAGACAAACCAUCCAUACUAUGUUAUAAUGAUAAGAGAUAACAAUGUGUAACCCUUGUAUUUAUAUCCGGUUGUUUGAUACUUAAUUACUUCGAUUGUAAAGUUUAAAUCUGGCUACUGAAUGAGAUGUUCAUUCAUUGAGUGUUUUACAAAUAUAAUUUUGUCCUUAAUGUCAUACAUGAAAUCAGCGAUCAACUAUUGUGAAUCUAUUAAUUUGAAUUUAGACAAACGUUCUCAUACAAGUUACUUAUUGUCUCUUUUAUAUUGAAAUUUACUUCCUGUUCAGCUUAAUUCAUCAAUAGACCGAUCGAAAGAAAAAUCUAGACCAGAAGACGUAAAUUGAAUUUAAUGUUGUUUUAACAUUUUUGUUAAGAUGUUCAUAGACACUUUUAUAAUGAUCUAUGAAUACAUGAAUGCAAAACAUAAUGUCAUUGAUGUUUAAGUUCCCACAAGUAUCUGUUAUAUUCAGUCAGCAACUAAUCACAUCAGCUCCAGUGUGAACAUUAUCUAUGGUGUAAAACUCUACGAAACCCUGUUAUACGAAUACAUUCUCUCCAAAUUCCUGAGAUACUUAGUCGAUAAGGAAUGUGUCUUAUCAAGUUUAUUCGUUGAGUUCAUUUUCUUAAAUCGUUUCUACUUUUAAUGAAAAAUAUCUAGCAAUGUUCUUUUCCAACAUUCUAUUUGUCACUAGAUUAUGGUAAGCUGUUUAUAUUGUAAUGACUAUUGAAAGCCUUCAUUGUUUUGCUCUAUAAAAUCUAAUAAUAUGAUCUUGGGUUUAAUUUGAGCAAAUACAAUAUCUGCUAAUAAUCGUUAUGUAUUGAAAGCCUAACCAGUGGUGGAAGAGAAGACAUUGUACAACUUUCCCUUAGUAUGUCCCUUUAACUCGCUAACUCCAAAGAUCAAACUCAAAGAAAUAUAUGAAAUCAUAAAGUAGUGUAAAUCGACAAACUUCUAUGGUAAUAUUUGAUAAAGUCAUCAGGUGUUCUGUCGUUCCAUUACUCAACUAGAUAGUCGUUUCCUUCUGAGAGUAGUUUCCGUUUAAUUUUAGUACAGUUUACAAAUCUUUUCGAGCAAUUUUUCAUCAUUCAUAGUCAUAGCUCUAGGAUACUUGUAUUCAAUAUAAUCUACAGAAAGCUGAAUUAAGAGUCAUUUCGAAGUAUUGUGCAGAUUACUGAUGAAUUUCAAUGGAAGAAGAAUUAUAGAUGCGAAAUAUGGAGAAAGUUGGUUCUCUCACUACUACGUUAGUUCUAGACAUUACGGCAAAUUAGUUUCAUUGACAUUCAAUUGUCGAAUUAUUUUGUCCAACCCAUUGUGAAUCUAUAAUGAACUUUCAUUCCCUGAACAACAAUUUAGUCCUAAUACUUUAUGUAUAUUUCCAUGAAAAUUGGAGUAUCCUAUAGAAACAAGUUUUAACAAACCCUUUAAUUCUCCACUUAAUCACAGUUUUCUAAUGUUUAUAUACAUAGUCGUGUAAUUGUACAUUAUGUUUCAUUGUGUUUAGUACUAUGGAAGGCGUUGAUUACAAGUUUGCAAACAAUCAUUUGAUUGUAUAGAAUAACUAUUCCUUGUUCCAUCUAACCUUUACCUAAAUGAUAACUUAAACCAUUUCACUUGUGAAAUGUUCUUAAAGUAAAUAUUUUGCGA